AUGAGAAAUUUCUAAACUUUUUAAUAGUCAAAUAUAAAGUUUAUAUUCAAAGAAUACAAAAAAAUAUUGAAUUACAAUAAGAAGAUAAUCAAUUUUUAGAAUUAAGAGGUUUAAAUAUUAGACCAUAAUUAUAACCAAUAUGGUUUUAGUUAGUGUGAUAUAUCAGGAUCUCAUGACUGCUAUCCUGAAUUCCCAGAUCAUACUACAUUUUUCGAUUUGGAUAUUUCUUAAAAAAGCCAUUUAAUCGAAACUAUCUAAAUAUAAUUAGAUGGUGUCUACAAUUACUAUGGCCCCUGCUAUACUGGUUCAUUUCCUAAUAUUUAAAUAAACUCACCUUAUUCAAAUAUAAUAGUAGACUACAUAGAGAACGAAAAAUUAAAUAUUGAUCUAUCAUUAAUUAAAAUAAUUUCUUGUAAAAAGAUAGAAUUUAAAAUUUAUAAAAUAGAAAAUAUUAUUAAAAGCUUCGAUACUGACUUAGAAAUUUUUAAUUAAUAAAUUGAAAUAACCAUUGAUUAGGAGUGUAGCUUUUAAGAAUACCACAAACUAUAUAAUCUCAUUAAAGAAAAAACCAGCAAAGAACCAUCGAAAAUAGUUGACAUUUGUAUUCAUGAUAACUUUUAAAAUUGGAUCCCAUAGAAGUAUGAUAAAAUUGAUAGAAUAACAACAGAAGAAUAGUAAUUUUAUGACAUAAUCAAAGAUAGCCAAAGUCUAGAUUAAUUUUUUGCAAAAAAAGCCUUCUUAAUCUUUGAUGAUGAAGAACUAAAUAUUGGAAUUCAUACUAUUUUACAAAUACUUGUGCUCUAAAAAUUCUAAAACAUUCUAAGUAUAUAAAUGGUUAAACUAUUAUAUUUUUUGAUUGACGCUAAUGCUUGA